AUGGCGUACGCAUCUCCCCCCGCCAGCGGAUACUUUGCCGCCGGCAGCCCCCCUCAGUACGUGACCCCCGGCCCGUACACGGCUACAUACACAACGGUGCCGCCUCAAAGCACACAGUUCUACUACGUUGUCCAGCAGCAGCCCCAGACCCGGCCCCGGAAGUGCAUUUUCAGAGUUGUCUGCGAGACACUCGGCUGGUUGACUUCCGCCGUCGUCUGCACGCUAUGUUCUGCUGCGUGUGGCGCUGCGAGCUGCUGCAUCAAUGGCUUUGUCGAGGACGAAUUUGUUCCGAGUAAACCGCAGCACCAGUAG